GAUUUUCCCACUAAGUUGUACGUCUCUUGUGCUUGACCGUGUUUCACUUUUCUGUUGCUUCAAGCUGAGCGCAUCCCAAGAAAGAGGAGCCAUGUCGUCAGAUCAAAUUAUGUGUCAGAAAUCUCCUUCCAUCCCAACGUAUCCUCUAAAAGCAUCCAAUCAAUUAGUGAUUCAACUCUUUUCGUUAUGAAAUUAACGUUCCCAAAUCAAUGAUACACGUACCGUGAACGUUGUGUUUGACAAUUGAGGAUGAGCAUAGAUUUCUCUACCGGCUUCGAAUUGAAUUUGGCAGGUUCUUCGAAAACGAGCCGACUGAUGGGAUGAGAAGACCUGUUAUUGUGGAAGAAAAAGGAGAAAGAAGAAGAAGAAGAAGAAGAAGAAGAGAAGUUGUUUGCUUGCUUGCUUGCUUGAGUUGCUAAUCAGGAGGAUCGUGGAAUCUUCUCCAAUGUCGGUUUUCUGAUUUCCAGUCCUAUCUGGUGGUAAUUAUUAUUAUUGUUUUAAACUUCGUCGUCAUCACCAGCAUCAACAACAACUAUACACCAACUUCUAACUGGCUCCGAUGGUGCCAGUUUCCCUUUCAUUUUCACUCGGAUCGCAACGAAUUCCAAUGAAAAAUCACAUCGCUUUCGUCACAUUUGUCUUGCUUUUUUCGCAAAAAGUGCUGGGCAAGAACUUGCAAGAGGAACAAGAAGAUGACGAGCGAAAGUUUUCCGUGGCCAAAAAGGCCUGCACAGUGGGCCCUGAUCCGGGUAUUUGCAUGUUUCAUUACGAAUGUCAGUCGAAAAGCGGGCAAGUCCUGGGCACUUGUAUGGAUGGCUUCUUAUUUGGCGUUUGCUGCCAACUGAAUCCAGACACGCUCAUUGGCCAAUCUGGAUCCAGUCCGUCGUCUGACAGCAUGUCAAUGGAAACAACGAGUGUACCCCCGGAUCCUUUGAAGAUUGUGGGCAAUAUCAUUGCCACUCUGAAUAACUCAGACUUUGGUCUGGACAAAGACGGUGAAGGCGGAUUGUUGACGAGCCGGAAACCGUUCUUCCCCCUUUUGAAGGCCGCUUCAACCGCCGCGCCCGAAUCUACUUCAACAGUCACAACGAGAACAUACACAACGUCAUCCACACCCUUAUUGGCAUCGAUGUCAACGUCCUCCUCAUUCGCAACCAUUAAAACCACCACCACCACCACCACCACAACAACAACGGACUCUCCGGACUCUGUGCCCAGUGGGGUUCAGUCAAACACGUUGGUCAGUGGCGGAGUUUCGAUGCGUGAUCCGGAAGACGAGGAUGUCAUGGUUAUCGAGGUGAAACCCGAUGACAUUGAAAACAUGAUGCAUUCGAUCCUGGACAACGUCCUCACUGAGUUUGACUCCAAUGUCGAGCCACUGCUCAAUCUUCUUGUCGAAGAAAUUGACGAUGAGGUGCUCAAACCCAUGUCUCCGUAUGUUACACCCGGAGAGUAUUUGCCCAAUGGAUCUGCGGAUAAACCGGAGGAUGUGUCCAAUAACUUGGUGUUUGUCAAUUCGUCCGAUCUCAACAAGAUCGCCUUGACUUUAACGGGCUCAACGCCAACAAGUGCUGUGGAUGCCGGUGACACCACGUCUCCAUCAACAGUAUCAACUACUACCACUACGACAUCAACAACCACCUCUACUACUACUACAACAACAAUAACCACAACCACAACCACUACCACCACCACCACCACCACGACUACUACUACAACAACUACAACUACUACUAGCUCUACCACCACUGAAUCAACAACAACAACGCCCGAAACUACCACAGCUCAAGACGAUCAAGACUCGUCCACAGUCGCUAAUGACGAGGCUCUUAAUUACAAGACAGAUUGUGGCGUACGGCCUUUGCGGGGCCACGGUCGCAUUGUUGGUGGGGAUCGAACCACUUUUGGGGACUGGCCUUGGCAGGUCCUAGUCAAAGAAUCCACAUGGCUGGGCCUUUUCACCAAGAACAAAUGUGGCGGUGUGCUGAUUUCUGAUCAACAUGUGCUCACUGCAGCUCAUUGCCAACCAGGAUUUUUGGCCUCUCUUUUGGUGGAAUUGGGUGAACACGACCUCACCGGUCCCACUGAGCUGAUGGCCACUACCCGCAAAAAAGUCAAACGCGUCGUAGUCCACAAAGACUAUAAGGCACCCACAUUCGAAAACGACAUCGCCAUCUUGGAAUUGGAAAGUCCCGUUGAACGAAAGCCGCACAUUGUGCCCAUUUGCUUACCUGAUAUCAAAGACAAGUUUGAGGGUCGAAUGGCCAUAGUGUCAGGCUGGGGACGGCUCGAGUACGGUGGGAAUGUUCCUAAUGUCUUGCAUCAAGUCUCAGUGCCAGUUAUGAACAACACCAAAUGCCAAACGAUGUUUACGAAUUCUGGUCACAAGAAAACCGUUCGAGAAUCCUUUCUGUGUGCAGGAUAUGAUCUCGGCAAAAAGGACUCGUGCGAGGGUGAUAGCGGUGGACCUCUCAUGGUGCAACAACCUGACACCAGAUGGAUUUUGGCAGGGACCGUGUCCCAUGGAAUCAAGUGUGCCUACCCCGAUUUACCUGGAGUUUACAUGCGAAUGACUUAUUACAAGCCUUGGAUCGAACGGAUCACAGGCUUGACUCUUUGAGACGAACGAUUUAGAAUCAAUUCACAUUUCCUCGGACAUUCACUUACGCAAAUGUCUAUUUCCGCUGAUUAAUGAUUACACAUAUAGGCUCGAAAUUGCAGCCACUCAAACAUACCAAAUAAAUAAACGAGAAGAUAUUUUCGGGGUUCCA